CCCUCCAUCAUCAAUUUGCCUUGAACUUGAAUUUAACCCUUUCCAACUCAGCCCGCGGAACCCCUGACCGAAAACGAACCGCAAUACAAAUACGAGACGAGUGUAGUGCAGGAGAAUUGCGACCGGCCCAUGCGAUUCAGAACCGACAUGUCGGCUUCCACCUAAACGUCAACCGGCGAUGACUUCAAUCGUAUCAGCCUUGCCCCUACGUACACAAAAUCGACGACUACACACGAUACUUUACGCAUAAAGCCCGUCUAUAGUCUCGCCGUCGCCCACAACCGGAGUUAUUCAACACCUCUCCUACCCUCGACACCACCGCUAUACAACCACAAUCAUGAGAUUCUCGACGAUAAUUAGCAUAGGCAGGAUGGCGCUCUUCAUCUCCAUCCUAGCCUGCACUCUUACAGGUGUCCUUGCCGAUGACACUGAAGUCUCUACAUGGGCCGAAACCGAAAUCCCCGAAUGGGCCACUAUCAACGGCAUGCAGCUCUCGUUGUCAGCGAACCCUGGGCUGCAGUUUGCUGUGAUCCCUCUUACGUCGAAUCUGGGACUGAACGAUUCCACCGGUCGAGUAAUAGAUAUUAUUCAUAUCACGGGUAAUAUGAUUGCGACGGACUCUUCAAAUUACAACAAAGUGACUGAUAAAGACGAUAUCGCCUAUCUGUCAUGCGACGAACCCAAAGGCGACUCUUUUCUCAGCCCCAACAAGAUGCUCAACACAUUGAUGCAGCUUGAUCCUCAUCUUAGGGCGAUAGUCCUGUAUUCUACGUCCAACACAUGGUGUGCCAUCGACCCAGUCGAAAAACUUCCCUUUACAAGUAUCUUGUCCAUGGCCGAUGGAGGCGAGGCCACACAAGCCCUGAACCUCUUGAACGGCACCAGCCGUGGUGAAGUGGUUAAAGCGAGCAUCUUCGGUAACAACACGGAUAAUACGAUACCGAAGGAUGAGAGCAAAGGGGGUAGUAACACGGCUGCCAUGAGUGUUUUGUACGCCAUCACUGGCCUGAUUACUCUGCUAUUCUUGGUCAUCAUCACGACAGGCGCUGUGAGAGCCCACCGAUAUCCUGAAAGAUACGGGCCACGAGGUGCACUUGGCGGGCGGCCACGGCAGAGUCGGGCCAAGGGACUUGCUCGGGCUGUAUUGGAUACGAUCCCAAUUGUCAAAUUUGGAAACCAGACGCCUACAAAGCCAGAUCCCGAAUUGGAAUUGGAAAAUACGGAAGGGAACGAUGCUGCCACACAGCGAACUGCGUCACGCCUCAGUGAGGCCAGACAGUCUGACGGGGCUCCGGCACCAGGUGGGGAGACCAAUGCCGUACCAGCCGCGACUAGGGCAUCGUCUUCUCCCGAGAGUGCCGAAGACGAGACGAGCGACCACUUAGGAUGCUCUAUCUGCACUGAAGACUUUACGGUUGGUGAAGAUGUUAGAGUGUUGCCCUGCAAGCAUCAGUACCAUCCAGCAUGUGUUGAUCCAUGGCUGAUUAACGUAUCUGGCACGUGUCCAUUGUGCCGCUAUGACUUACGACCAGGCAAGGGUCAUGCAUCUGCGGAGGCGGAUGUUGGCGACUCUAGCACACUGCCGCCACCUUUGGCAAUGGAGGGUGCUGAGAACGACGCGCCUCAGUCAUCUCACCGUAACCGACUCUCGAGACUUUUUGAUAUUAACCGCCUUCGAGAGGGGACCGUGGAAGAACAAAUGGAAGCAUUACGGCAGAUGCGGGCGGAAACUAAUGAAAAUAACAAUCAAGAGACAACAGAAGUUACUGAAGCGGCCGAUGGCGAGUCGCAGGGCCAAAGUGCACGAUUUGCGGCGAGGCUUCGGGAUAGAUUUAGAAUCCGCACACGCGCUCAAGCCGUCGAAGAUCAUGAAAGCCAACGGGGGAGCUAGUGAGUAGCAUGGAGGUGCCGGAGUAUUUAUGUUACCGGCGAUAUGAGUUUAGGGCUGAGAACUGGGGCUCGAAAGGCUUCACACUUUGA